AAUAGUCAAUAUAUCACGUUUUAUCAUUCUAGAUAUUUGAUCAUCAUUAGAGCUUCGGCUUCAAUGUGUCAUUUUAUUGGAGGCAAUUGAAAAUAUUUGGUAAAGUUUGUGGAAAUUACUGCUAGGUGUAUACUUACUCGUUAAUAUACUCCCUUCGCCGUGAUUGGCUGAGCGGGUCACGUGGGAGACUAACUUUAUUCAGUUGACAGCAAGUAGGAGGGCUCUAUGGAGAGAGAAAAAAAGACAACUCGAGAAAAAUUAGUAUUUUCUACCUUCAGAAAUUAAUGGCCAUGAGUUCGUAUAUGGUGAACUCCAAGUAUGUGGAUCCCAAAUUUCCUCCUUGUGAGGAAUAUUCGCAGAACAGCUAUAUACCUGAGCAGGGCGCAGGCUAUUACAACCCAUCGCAGGACACAGACUUCCAGCACCCAGGGAUCUAUUCACGGUCAAACUACAGCGAGCAGCCCUUCAGCUGUAACACUGUGCAGAACUCCACGGUGCCGCCGCGGGGUCAUGUGCAGGAGCAAAGCGCCCUGCCCAGUCCAUUCAGCGCUCACACCGAGCAAUGCCCUCCGGUCCAAAUGUCCGGCCCGCGGACCUGCGGACAGCAGCAAAACACCAAGAGCCAGAACGGGAUACAAGGCAAGCAGCCAGCAAUAGUUUACCCCUGGAUGAAGAAAGUGCACGUUACCACGGUGAAUCCGGAUUACACAGGACCCGAGCCCAAACGGUCCCGGACAGCAUACACAAGGCAGCAGGUUUUGGAACUAGAGAAGGAAUUUCAUUUUAACAGGUAUCUUACUAGAAGGCGUCGUAUUGAGAUUGCCCACACUCUGUGCCUGUCCGAGCGUCAGAUCAAAAUCUGGUUUCAGAACAGAAGAAUGAAAUGGAAAAAAGAUCACAAACUCCCAAACACAAAGGGCAAGUCUUCUUCGGCUUCAGCUCAGCAUUUGCAAAGUGUUCAGAAGGACGACCAGACUGAUAUCACAACUUUAUAAGAAAGUGGAGGGAAACAUUUACCUCCCCUCAAACGCACAGUGAACUGUAUAUAAGAGACAGUAUUGCAUCUGACUCUGCAUGGUUUCCAAACAUGGCGUUGCUCAUUGUCAUUUAAUGUAAAAAGAAGCAAAAAUGCCAAAACCAGUCUCCGGGAUCUGUCGUGUGUGGACUUUUGUACCGAUUUCCUAUCACGUCGACCAUUGUAACUGUUAAUUGGCACAGAAGAUACAGUGCAUCAUCACUUUCUUCAAUGAGGUACAGUAGAUCAGUGGGAAAAAAAUACAAUAAUGAACAUUUUUCUUUUUUUUUUUUAAUCUAAAACCCCCAUUGUUAAAAUAUUGCUCAGUUUAAUAUGCAAGGUGCAUUUUCCCGGGUUGCGAUGCCCAUGUGCUUACAGCACCUUUCGGAACACGGCCGGCCAAUUUGUGUUCUUAUUUAAAUGAACAAAGCAGAAAUAUAUGUGAAGCUUUUAUGCAUAUGGAAUUGAAAGUGUUAUGUGAUCAAAUUAAACUUAAAAAAAACAGCUGUUGGAUGCAUAUAAUUUGAAAUAAUAAAACUAGCCAUAACGAACAAAAUUCCCAGCUUUGCUGUACCGUGGUUUACUGAGGUUUUUCGUUUGGAUUUUUUUUUUUUUUUUAAAUUUCGUGCACAGUUGUCGUGCGUGUGUCUGAAUACUCUUAUGUUCCCGUGACUUUUGCUCGUUCAACUUUCCUCUGAAAAGGACGCUGAAUUAAAUUAAAUUGAGCUGUAUGCAAUAAAACCAUGUUAAAGACCAUGUCACUCCAUCAGGGACGAUCGUUUUCGUGGUAGAUCAGAAUACUCAGUUGAGUAACUCGGUUAUAAAUCCUCUCCUGACAUGUUUGUAAACAGUGUGUAUUUCGAGAGUCUGUAUGUCCUGGUCUCCAUAUGCCAUUUUAAAGGUUCCCAGUAAGAGUCUUCGUACCAAUGACUUCUAUUUGUAUAAAUGAUGUGUAUACUAAUGCUUGUGUUUUUUAUAUUUAUUUAUAUAAUUUGAAGUCAUUUCAAAGUGUAAAAUCGACCAUUCAGAAAGCACCCACGCUUCUGUGUUUCUCCAC